AUGGAUCCAGAGGAUAUAGCAGACCACCCUGACGUCCCUUUAUCAGAAGUGGGAUCCGAAGGGCAUUCACAAGGAGAAGAUAGCAAUACGCACGUGGCAGCGUCGCACAAUUUACUGCGCAACAUGGAGGCCUUAUUAUCUCGCCUCUUGAAAACUCCGUCGCCCACCGAAGAUACAAACCGCAUGACAACACAACUAGUGCGGUUUGACCCAGACGAAAAAGACGUGGACAUAGAAGGUUGGUGCAGGAUAACGGAAAUAGUAGUGAGUUGUAGGAAACUAGAUGGUGCGGAACUUUUGCUAGCGCUUACACACGCUCUGAGAGGACGGGCAGCCACGUGUUUGACCAAUUUGCAAACUUCACAGUUAACAUGGAUGCAUAUAAAGGAAGUACUCCUAGCAAACUUCGGAAAACCGAUGCUACUGCAAGACUACUUCGACGAGAUAUUAAGAUUUCAACACGCUACGAAAGAAACUACAAGUGAAGCUGCAACGCGCGUCUGGGGGAUGAUAGAACAUAUCCCUUGCACUGAAAUGUCAGAAGAUGUCAUCACGGGGUUUGUAACUUCUGUGCUAUGCCAAAAAGAUGGUAUUAUACGACGAGAGCUGCAAUCUUGUAAUGUUUCUAUCAGAGCUCAGUUGUUACGGGUUUUCAACUGUGUUUCAUCAAAACGAAAAUACGAAGGACAAGAGAUUAACGAGACGGAAGUAAAAAGAAGCCGCUACAAUGAAUCACGCUUUACUGGAACGUGUCAUCGGUGUGGUAUGUCAGGUCAUCGAGCCUUGGACUGUCGCAAACGCCAACAAGAGCCUGUUACUAGAGCGACUACGAAGACAGCUGAGCAGCAUGUGAAAGUGCAAUUCCAUCCGCGUCCUGUUACUUGUUAUGUUUGUGGUCAACAAGGGCACGUCGCAUCAGCGUGUCCAGAUCGCAAAAGGAGCAACGAGAAACCGGCUGUCAGCAAUGUCCACCUGUGCGAGCGGAAGCCGGCAAUCGGCACCUUUACUACGUCCACUGGUGAGCUCGUUUCUUUUCUCUUCGAUAGUGGUUCCGCCUGUUCAUUGGAAAAUAACUAA